UAGCGUAACCCAACAGCCGAUCAACACACGUGUUUGGCGCUCCGUCGAGUCUCUACGCUCUAUUGCUAGCGCUCUACGCAAUCUUAAUGUGACUCUUUGGGGCAUUUCUUCAGUAAGUUGGAGGGUCCACGCGAUCUCCACGAUAUAAAGCCGCAUUCAAGGCUUCAAUCUACAACAGAUGGAUAAAGGAGUCAUGCCCAUCUCGCAGGCCCCAUAAUUUAAGUGUCUCUAUCCCUUCACCCAGUUCCUUUAUAUAGUUAGUAUCCACUCCCAAACCUUCUUUAUCUACUGCAAUUCCUUGCACAAGGUGCUGCAACAAACACAUCCUUCAGGCCUGUAACUUUGGUAACAGCGAGUGUUUUUUUAGGGAACCCAUAACUUUUUCUUUCCUUUUUUUUGAUCGGUAACAAGGGUAGAAAUCCUAAAGAGUUUGUGUAUAAAUACCCAGCUUUGUGUUCUGCUUGUUGCCAUCUUCUUUCUCUUCUCGUUACUCAGUUCACAGACGAAAAAAAUGAAAAUCAAGGGCGAUUUUCGCUGCCAUCUAUUUGCUUUGGUCUUGAUUUUUGUGGGGUUUCAAGUUUCUGUACAUGGACGAUUGCUAUCGGUGUCGAAACCAGACCCUGAUGAUGCUGCCGCCACUGCUCGAUGGCUGGUCUCCCAGAAUAAUUGGGGGGUCUUAAAUACCAUCUCAAGCGACUUGGGAGGAGCACCCUUUGGAAAUGUAGUCUCCUUUAGUGAUGGGCUACCUGAUGAAGGUCAUGGCAUCCCCUACUUCUAUUUGACAACUCUUGAUCCAACCGCAAGAAAUGCAUUGUCUGAUCAGAGGUCUUCAUUGACAAUCAGUGAGUACCCUAUUGGAACUUGCGGCAAGAAAGACCCUGAGAAUCCCAGUUGUGCAAAAAUUACACUUACAGGAAAGUUGAAGUUAGUUGACGAAAAAUCCAAGGAAGCAGAUUUUGCUCAAAAUGCCCUGUUUUCAAAGCAUCCAGAGAUGAAGGGCUGGCCUAAGGGUCACAACUUCCAGUUCUUCACAUUGGACAUUGAAGAUAUAUUCUUGAUCGACUGGUUUGGUGGUCCUAAACCCCUUACAGUGGACCAGUACCUGCACCCCAAAACGUACAAAUUGGCCUUCACUCUCUGAAUCCCAUCACAUCUCCAUUCUUCCCAAGUCAAUCUGGUGUGGAUGUGAAUAUCUUAUGUAUGAUAAUAAACUCCUCUGAAAUCAAAUAUUUCGCAACUGUGAAUAUUCCAUUAUUUCUGUUUCUUGUGACAUUUUAGUCUCCUGCUACUCACUCCAUACAGUGUUAACCAUCAGGAAUGGAACUGUUUAUUAUUGUUCUCCCUACUCUUGGACACUUAAAUAAAAAUGAUACAAUUUUUAUUUUAUUCUA